CUGCCGGAGUAAAGCCAUGGAGUACAUAGUUGCCACGAGCGAUCGCGGUCGCCUCGCGGCGAUUCGCACAUACCUGCAACGAGCUGUGAAUGCUAUUCCCUUGGAUUUCCUGGCAGACCGGCAGAAGCAGCGCGCGUUGAACCUGGUCGGCGAAGCCACCAUCAUUCGCAGAGCAGACCAAGGUGCCGACCGCGAGAGCGCUGUCAGCGGCGACCGCAUCGAGCGCCUGCGGCAUCGAUUGAAGCCUCGAGAGCAAGCCAUCCGCGCCGGCUUGGAGUUGCAACGGGUGGUUGUGCCCGCCAUGAUCAAGUGGCAACGCCAGACGCAGGCGCGCGCGGCGCAGUUCCUGCAGGUGGAGGACGAACUGGGUGAGCGCGAGCUGCAGCGGCGGCUGGGGCAGCUGGCCGCAUUCGCCGAGGCCGCCCGAGCCAUGGACGCGUGCUUCCUCGCGCUGAAGGGCCGCAUCAGCCUGCCGUACAGGCGCGCGCUGCUGAACGCGUACGACACUGUCAUUGACGAGGACGUGCCCGACCUCAUGGCCGUCAACGAGCUGGAGGACCGGGUGGCCUGGGGGCCGCCGGGGUCGGGCGCCACGCCCUUCCUGGCCAAUCCGCUCAAGGGCGCGUACGAGAUGCCCGAGUGGCUGGCGUGGGAGUGCGGCGUGCCCGUGACACUGGACUUCCAACUCAUGGGCCACAUCUGGGCGGACGCGGCGGCUUACUACGCGCUGUUCGCCAUGUCUGCCAGCAACCCCGACCGGGACGAGUACGGACUGCGUAUGGGGGACGAGUGCUUCGUGGGGCCACUCGAGGACAAGGCUGCCAAGCUCCUGCUGCCCUCCUACCCGCGCCACGUGCCGCUGAGCGACCCGGCGGUGCAGCGCGGCACCUGGCUGGUGCUGGCCAGUCUGCAGCGGCUGGCGGCGUGGGUGGGCAGCAGCGCGCAUGCUCGCUUCCCGCUGGUGGUGCGCUCGCUGCAAGGCAUGAUGCGCAAGGCCGGCAUCGCCCGCCUGGACCCUAACCUGGCGCCGCUUGACGCCCGAGUCGUGUUGGAGGGCACACCCUUCCUUCCGACUGCUGCCGCUGGCGCGGCCGCGGCUGCGGAUGCAGCUGCACGUGUGCCCCCCCAGGUGUCGGCGGCGCAGCAGGCAGCACAGGCGCCGCCGCCGCCGCCGCCGCCGGCUGCGCCGGCGGCGGGGGCUGCGGCUUCGGAGUCGGACGAGGAUGAUGAGGAUGAGUUGGAGGGUGUGGCAGCUGGCAGUGAGGUCACGGCCGCCGCCGCUACAGAUGCACCAGCAGCCGGCGAGGGCGGCGCAGGAGCCGCGGCCAAGAAGAAGAAGAAGAAAAAGAAGAAGAACCGCAAGAAGAAGAAGGCUCAGCCGCAGGGCGCCGAGGCGGCGGCUGGGGAGGCGCAAGCCUCGGGCUCGGGAGCAGCAGCAGCACCUGCGGCUUCCGUAUUGAGCCCGAUGGAGGCGUUGCUUGCGGCUCUGGCGAAGGAGCAGCCCGACUGCAUGGUGUGCCUACAGGAGUGGGGGCAGGACUUGACUGUCAACCAAACCAACUUCUUGUCUUGCACCGUGCUCAGCGCGGCCGGACCCUUCCACGCCAUCUGCAACACGUGCUGGAACUCGCUCACGGAGCCCAAGUGCCCCAUGUGCAACAAGUUCGACCUGGAGGCGCUGUCGCCGACCGAGUUCCUGAGCGCGCUGUCGACAGGGCGGCACGCCGCAUGAGGGCUGCGGGGAUGAGCGGGCACACGUUGGACCGCGGAAUUGUAGGCACCACAACGACAUAUAACCGCUACCAACAGUGCCAAGAAGCUCUCACAUGCCAGGUACACGGGGACCGUAUAUGUAUGUCACUUGGGUGCAUUCUUGUGAGAACACGAAUGCAAAUGCACGGUGCAGAUGUGAGUGAGCAUUUGCAUGGAUGGUGUGUGUGGCCAUUCGGCGCCCUAGCUGAUCAAGGCGGAGGCGCACACAAUCACUGCGCGUGGUGAUAACUGCGAUAAUGGGCAUGUGCAUGGCACUCUGGGCGCGCUGUGAGGCAGGAGUUUCUGGCAGCACUGCAACAGCUGUAUGUAUUGGGCACGGGUUAUGAAGUGACCGAGCUGCUUUGUUACUAUUGCUGCCGAGAGGGCGAGGGCAGUUGUAAGUUGCUAUUGAUGUUUACGGGCUUUUGUACACAGUGCUGGUAGCGGCGGUGGCGGCAGGGCCCGGCAGUUGCGGCGCUGGGCCAAUGGUGGCUGCUGCGGCGCGCUGGACGCGGUGUUGGGAAAAGGAUGGCAAUGCGCACGGGUGGCAGGGUGGGAAAGCCUGGCCAGGCGGACGGCCGAUGACAGGCAGAAGCGGCAGAGGUGGCAGCGCUGCCAAGAGGGCGUUGUGCGCUGCGCCGCUGUGGCCUGUGGGCGGCCCUGGCGCGGCUGCGGGAUCUGGCAUAGGAGCCGCGACACCAGGAACCAUCUUCGAGAACCGUCCCGGCAGUCAACGGAACAGCGGGCUUCGGAGUGCAUGCGGCGUUGGCCGCGGAUGGACGUGCAGGGCAUUGCCCACGGGCCGUGUAAGGCUCGGCUGACUGCCGACGAUGAGCCACCUGCCAAAGCAUCGAAGCAGGGGGAUAGGUGGGUGUAGUUCCUUCCAAUCCCAAAAUGGGGACGGGUGUGCGAUGGGACAGUGGCAAGGCAGGUUGGUAAAGUCCCGUAGGGUGCAGCUGAUGCCCAGAACCCAGCAGAUGGCAAACAAUUUGCAACGGCAGGGCAGGAGUACGCGGCCGGUCGAACGCCGGAGUUACUGUACCGACGAGUUGCUGGCUGGCUGGAAGUUUGCGGACGCGCAUUGGGGACGGGUGUGUGACUUGCGCUGCAACCAGCUAAACCAGCCCGCUUGGGGACAUGGCAGGCAGGCUGGGCCCACCUAGUCGGAUGCCGACCCACGGCUUAGGUGAGCAGCGCUGGCGUUAGUGGUAAGCCAAGCCUGAAGUUCCUGCCCUCUUGAGGAGCAUGGGGGACGUUCGGGGGUGCUCUCCUCGGGUGCGCGUACGUGUCUCGUACAUAUGCGGGGGCCUGGCUGUGUCCAUGAGUGUCGCAAUGUCACCCCACAUGUAACCCCUUUCAGCA